AUGCGCGCCUCUACGGUGCUCAUCGCCCUCCUAGGGUUUCUACCCCAGGUGCUGACGUCUGGUUCUUUCGAACUUAGGAUAAAAAGUUUUACGAACUCAUUGGGUAGGUUAAGUAGUGGGCAGUGCUGUGAUGGUUCCUCAAGUAGUGACGCGCCGUGUUUGGCGCCGUGCAGGACUAAAUUCCGAGUGUGCCUCAAAAUUUAUCAAGCAAACAUCGAUACGACAUCACCGUGUACAUUCGGUGACAUCACUACUCCGGUGCUCGGAGGAAACUCUUUGGAUGUGCCAAAUCUUAAUGUGGAAGGAUUCACCAAUCCCAUCGUGUUCCCCUUCGACUUCACGUGGCCGGGCACCUUCUCGCUUAUAGUCGAAGCGUGGCAUGACACGAAUGAAACGUCAAGAUCUGAUGAUACACUCAUUGCGCGAAUGACGAAGCAAAGUAUUGCUGACGUUGGAGGGCCCUGGAUCGAGGAGGAGCAACGGUGGGGAGGUGUGGGUGGCGCGCAUUUGAAGCUUUCUUACCGAGUAACGUGUGCCGCACACUACUAUGGACCAGGCUGCGAAGUGCUGUGCAGACCGAGAGACGAUCCAUUUGGACACUACACCUGUUCACCUACCGGAGAAAUCGUAUGCAAGACCGGGUGGACUGGCGACUACUGUUCAAAACCGAGAUGCCUGCCCGGCUGCGACGCGGAGCACGGCCACUGCCUCAAGCCCGACGAAUGCAUUUGUCAUUCGGGCUGGGUGGGCGAGCUUUGCGAUCAAUGCGAGCGGCAUCCCGGUUGCGUGCACGGUACGUGCUCGAAACCUUGGGAUUGCAUUUGCGAAGAAGGUUGGGGUGGUCUCUUCUGUAAUCAAGAUCUAAAUUACUGUACCAACCAUCGACCAUGCAGGAACGGAGGUACCUGUCACAAUACAGGGCAAGGCAGCUACACGUGUAUGUGUCCACCUGAGUACACCGGUCCCGACUGCGAGAAAUCACUCCAUUCCUGUGCUGUUCGACCGUGUUUGAAUGGAGGUGCUUGCGUUCCGGAUGAAGGUGGGGAACUGUCAUGCGCUUGCCCUUCUGGAUACGAGGGCGCACAGUGCGAAACACGAAGGUUAACCUGCAGUGAUCAACCUUGUCGUAACGGCGGCACGUGUGAACCUCGACAAUCCGGCUACGUUUGCUUAUGUCCACCGGGCUAUGCUGGCUUAGAUUGCGCAGUCGAAGCAGAUCCAUGCGCGGCUAAUCCUUGCAGAAAUGGCGCGACAUGCACACGAGCCGGCGAUGGCUUCCGAUGCACGUGCAAACCCGGUUUUAGAGGAAACCGAUGCGAAAUCGAUAUCGAUGAUUGUGCAGGAAUAGUUUGCGAACAUGGUGGAACUUGCGUGGAUUUAGUCAAUGGACAAAGAUGCCAAUGCGCUCCCGGGUUUCUCGGUCCUAGAUGCGAAACACGCGUUGACUUCUGCUUAGCGAAACCUUGUGCUAAUGGAGGAGAGUGCCACGUUCUCGAUAACGACUAUGAAUGCCGCUGUCGACCGGGUUUCGCUGGGAAGGACUGCAGCAUAGACGUGGACGAAUGCGCAUCAUCACCUUGUCGCAACGGUGGGACAUGCCGGGAUCGUGUAGACGGAUAUCAUUGCAACUGUCCUGUCGGCUGGGGUGGAAAAUCGUGCACUGUAUCCUUAGCGGACUUUGCGGCUGCGAAACCGGCGGGCGGCCAUUUACGAAGAGUGGGAGAGGAAACACCUGAACAAGAAAGUUUAUCGGACAAGCAUAUUGCGCUAAUAGCUAUAUUGUCAGUGGCGGUGCCGCUAACAGCCAUUGUAGCGGGCAUUGCUUUCGCAUGCAUUAAGAAAAGAAGAAAGAGGGCACAGAAUGCUGCAGAUGCUGAAGCGAGAGCACAAAACGCAGCUAACGCGGGUAAUGGAGGCCGCGUCAUAAGAAAUACUUGGGGCAAGUGUGAAGGGCCAGUACCUGAAUGCCAGAACGCGCAUAAUGCGGCGGCAGAAGAAUGUAAACGAAAAACACUCAACACAGAAAGUGCUGCGAGACUAUUAGCAGCGCUUGACCCAAGGCUUUCGAGGCUCUCAGCAGAUUCCGCGUAUUGCGCUAAUAGCGAUACGUCGCUAGUGAAGAGAGCGCUAGAAGGCGGAGGGGUGUACGUGUUAGACGACCAUUGCCUGCCGCCCACGUUCGCCACACAAGUG